AUGUCAACAUUCCAACAAACUCUAGUUAGAAGGAACGCUAUUCGUAGCCCUUCCAAAAGAAGUUUCGCGAUCGAUCGUCUGAGCUGCAAACUGAUGGGAUUGGGAUUGUCACAAUCCCAACAUUGCCAAGGACAAAUAUUGAGCUAUCAAUCUGGAAAGGUGGAGGAGUCGGAUUUUGCCGACACUACUCUUUCGCCUCUUUGCUGUUCUUACCCGGAAAGUUCCGAUGAGAUCGACAUCGAUGAAUUGUAUGCAGAGUGCUUUGAACCGUGGGGAAGCCCAGUCACAAGCGUAGGAGAAGCUUCGGGAUCAGAAAUUCACCUUGGGGCUUCUUCUACUUCCUUCAAUAAUGGGGUCACAAGUGACAAAAUUUCUCGUUUGCAGGAGAGGGGUCGACGAGCCCCAAAACAGCCAAAAUUACUGAAGUUCAUCAUGUGUGAAACCAUGGACAUCAAAUUGGGCUUGGGACCGGAUCACGAUUCUGACGACGAGAGUCGUUAUGUGUAUGACGAGAGGGACAACUGUGAUCACCUGCAGCUUCCCAAUGGCGAUCCCGACGACCAUGCGAGGUUCAUGUUUUUCAGGGAGAGGUUGUGGGAGAAAUACGGAGAAUGGAGACCCGAAACUCAUCUGGGUUACCAGCCCUACGUGAAACGGGAAGUCCCUAUUAAAAAAAAGAGGGUGAUGAAACCAAGUCGGUUGGGCCGGUACUCACAACUUCAUUCUGAAUAG